AUGGCAUCCACUCAGCAUCAACGCGUGGAAGAGAAAGUAUAUGGUAUUCUCGGAAAGGAAGACCUCAUCGACGAUUCGACCGGCGUCAUUCCGAUGAGAGGGCUAAAGACCGAACUUAGCCUCAAAGACCGUUUUGCGAGGCGACUUUCGAAGAUGUUGGGUGCGGAAACGGAUAUACAACAGGCAAACAACGAUAACAGGGUGGAUAUAUAUCAUACGCGUAGCCGAUCGGCAAAUCGACUACGCAUUGGCCUGGACGAUGUGCGAGCCAUGGAAGCUGCAUUGGCAUCGAUUGCGAAAAAUGCUGAUGGUCCGCAGCAGGCACUCCAGAUCGCGUGCGACGAACUUUGGAAUGCUAUCCUCAUCCUCAACCGCAGCAAGAUCGAAACCAUCAUCCAAAGGCUCAAGGAUACCCUUCAAGAUUACCAGACAACAUACAUUGACCUCGUCACGAGGAUGUUUGGCGUCGACGAUCCCGAAUAUAAGGAUACUAUGUUAGAUCGUGAGCUCGGUGAUCGGAUCAUCUUACUUUCGCAACAAGUCAACGGCUACGAUGGUUCAACGAGGGAAUUGGAUGUGCUCAUACAAACCGCAUCAGAAAUUACAAGGGUUCUUCCACAUCUGCAGGAAAGACUCAGGUCCCUUCUUGAGAAGACACUAUUUGCAGAUAGGUUGUACGAGCUUAUCUGCACGUUGGGGUUUCCUGAACGAGUACACAGUACCAUGGUGAGGUCGGCGAGAGCCUCACAAGCAUUCGAAAAGGUCGUGUUCCACUUCAAACCCAGCUCUCCAGGCAAGACUGUCUCCUUUGCGAUCCCGAUAGAGAACUCGAAGCAACCAAAUCCAACAAAUCCGUUCUCACCACCUCAACAACAAGAAAAACCUAAACUUCGUCACUUCGAGAACACGAUUACAAAUCCAAAAGCAGUAAAUCUUACUCCUCCAUUUCGUCAUCCUCAGCCAGCGACCUCUAGUCUCGGCCCGGUGAUGACUGCCGUUCAGCGUUAUCUUGCUCGAGAAGACAAAGGUCUCGCCCUUGCUCGCCUACAGCCUGCCACGAAGCAAGAGACCACACAACUAAUCGGAACCAUACUACAGGGAAAGCUCCUCCCCAUGCAGUCUAGCGCAUGGUAUGCCUUCGGCUUUGUCGCAACUAAGAACGAAGACGACGAACAGCAGCUAGCCGGCCUUUACAUGGCUUUACUAGGCGAAGCGGAUAACUCUGAAGCAAUCUUCCGCGAGCUGCAGACUGCUCUAGAGAAGGAUUUACUCGUUACACUCUUUGACAAGCACGGGUAUGGACACUUUCGCCAGCUGUUCCCGUACCCGCACCUAGAAACCUUUCUCAAGACACCACCCCAGCAACGCAGUACUGUCUGGCGACUCAGGCAAUUCUUGAAAGACCCCACCGAUGAUGAGCCUCCGGCCUGCCUACAGCGCGAUUAUGGCUUUAAGUACUGCCGUCAGCGCGAGGAGGUGCUUCGUCUUAAAGAGAUCUAUACUCGUAUGCUUCGCAAACUAGGUCCAAAGGACCUGCAUACCGCUUGUGUUCACGGUCGGCUUUUUGGGACAGCGGCGAAAGAGGGAGUGGAGAUUGAUCCGAAUGACAAGCGUUUCCUGAACAGUGAUUAUGGUUCACCGUUCCUGGGGCUGGACAACGCGGGUGGGCUUGAGGCCUACCGUGGGCCUUUCUACCGAAGGAAAUUGAAACUCUAGGUGAGACAUGCGGUUGCGUGGAAUGCGCGACUGAUGACCCUUGAAGAUCCGCCUGAUGAACUUCCAGUGAGGAGCGUCGAGCACUCUUCAUUCUCACAGCACAACUGCGCAGCAUGCUGAAUACUGUGCACAUGCUAGGUUGGCUUUGGCUUUGGGUAUACAUGCUGCGUUUUGUAUUCACGGACGUCAGAUUUGGUUCUUUUGCGAAUGCGAUUCUUAUCAAAAGGCGGUGCGACAUACUCUAUGGAGUUUGCUUUGUAGGCGAGACAAUGGCAUGGACAUGCUUUUGAGCGAUUUCUGUCUGGUUCUGC